CAGGAGAUGACCAGAGACUGCGGACACGGUACAGGAGAUGACCAGAGACUGCGGACACGGUACAGGAGAUGACCAGAGACUGCGGACACGGUACAGGAGAUGGCCAGAGACUGCGGACACGGUACAGGGGAUGGCCAGAGACUGCGGACACGGUACAGGGGAUGGCCAGAGACUGCGGACACGGUACAGGGGAUGGCCAGAGACUGCGGACACGGGGAUACAGGGGGGAUGGCCAGAGACUGCGGACACGGUACAGGGGAUGGCCAGAGACUGCGGACACGGUACAGGGGAUGGCCAGAGACUGCGGACACGGUACAGGGGAUGGCCAGAGACUGCGGACACGGUACAGGGGAUGGCCAGAGACUGCGGACACGGUACAGGGGAUGGCCAGAGAGACACGCGGACACGGUACAGGGGAUGGCCAGAGACCGCGGACACGGUACAGGGGAUGGCCAGAGACCGCGGACACGGUACAGGGGAUGACCAGAGACCGCGGACACGGUACAGGGGAUGACCAGAGACUGCAGACAGUAAAGGAGAUUAAAGAACCAGCAAACACAACGGGGGAAUCCAAAUAUACUGAAUGGGGAAAGAACAAAAAGAGGGCGCAC